AUGGCAACCACCACACCAAGAGAACAUAAAUUAAUCCAAAAUGGUAUUGAAAUUGCAGAUUGGGUAAUCCACACAUCAAAAAAUCCAAUUUUAAGAUCAACAGAAAAAGAGACAUGGGAACAAGAAUUACAAUUAAACGAAUUACCAGAAAUGGUGUAUGGAAAUAAUUUUGUUAGAUUAUCAAAUGAAAAACGUGACAUCACAAUCGUUUUUAAUUGUAUGGAUGCAUUAAAACUUUUAGAUAAAACUGCUGAUCAAUCAAUUAAAGUAUCAUCUGCCAAAAAAUGGGAAGAAAUUAAUAAAAACUUUGAAGGUCAAAUCGAAAAAUCAUUUGAUUGGACUUUUUCCUCCCCAUAUACUGGUUCCAUUUUAUCUCGUGGUCAUUGUUACAAUAGUUUUGAAAAACCAUCUGGAUUAAUUGAAAAUACUACUGAAAAAAUUGAUAUUGAAAAAUUAAAAAGACCAGAUCCAAUUUUAUUUUUUGAUGAUGUAUUAUUAUAUGAAGAUGAAUUAGCAGAUAAUGGUGAAUCAAUGCUAUCAGUUAAAAUUAGAGUUAUGCACGAAUCAGUAUUUUUAUUAGCAAGAUUCUUUUUAAGAGUAGAUGAUGUAAUUGUAAGAUGCUUGGAUACUAGAAUAUAUCACGAAUUUAAUAAAGACUAUUUACUUAAAGAAGUUACUUUCAAAGAAACCAAUUUCGAUGUCAUCAAGCCAUACUUUGAAAAAGACCCAACUUUGCUCACAGAUUCAAACUUUAUCGUUUCAAAACUUCCAACCAGAUCAAUAGUUACUGAAAAAAUUUUAUUAACCUUUAAUGAUCAAAAAUAA